AUGGAAAUGAGGUGGUGGCUGCGCUCGUGUAACGAGCUGCCUACGUACCCUGUUUUAGGGAUCAAGCCUGGACGUUAUCGGAGUGAUCCGAAGGUAAGAGAUUACGUGUCAACUUCUGCCGGAAGUGAUUUCCGGCUAGAAAGAUCAGGGCUUUCUGGGAUUAUCUCAAAGACCAAGGAUAAGAUCGAAGAGAAAAGGAUGUUAGAAUAUCUCAAGACAAAGAACUCCGAAGUAGAUCGCAACCUCCUCCGCGUAUCUCGUCCACGUGCAACUACCGAUCCCGCUAUUUCCGGAUCUGAACAGUCGAAGCGAGAUUCUCGUUUGACUCGUUCAAACUCAGCUUGCGGACUUGACUCCGUCGAGCUAGAGCUCGACUUCGUCUUCACAAGUAGCUCGGACAGUAAACAGCUGGAUUUUGGACAAGGAUACUUGGUGGGCUCGAGGUCAUUUUACUGGGCCUGA